AUGAAAACUUUUGUCGGUAUCCUCAUCUUGAAUCUGCAUUGGGGCAAUACCAACGCCUUCUCCACUGCAUUGCAAUCCCGUCAUCUCGGUGCUGUUGGCAGUUCCUUAGCGUUGGGAGCAACACCUGUCAGUGAUUCAAUAGUCAGCACAACAGAAGCCGUCAAGAAGCUCAAAAAGGUCCUGCAAAGAGAGUAUGUUUCUUUCUUCGAUCCGAUGCAACGGGAAUUCUACGCAGAUAUUGUUUCAUUUGACGACCCUAUGACAUCCCUGAGUGGAGUUGAUUCGUACCAGAAAAACGUGGACAUGUUGAGCAGUCGAACUCUCUUUGGAAAAUUCUUCUUCAAAGAUGCGGGUAUUGUUCUUCACUCAAUCACCGGUGGGGAAGUGGACGAGGAAAAUGGUAAUAUCUCCAAUAUUAUCACACGAUGGUCUCUUCGAGUCACCGUUCAAGCCAUCCCAUGGAAACCAACAGCCAGAUUUACAGGGAUUUCAGAAUACGAAGUUGUUCCUGGUGGCUCAGAAGGUGUUCUCGUGCAACACCAAACAGAUUACUGGGACUCUAUCAAUAUCCAAAAAGGUGGCAAAUACGCAAAAGUUGAUAAGGGAAUCGCUAUCAAGGAUUUCCUUGAUCAACUAAAACCGGAAAACGGAAAUGCGGCUGCCGCUGGACCAGAAGUUCCGUACUCUUUGCUUCGUCGCGGAAAUGGAUACGAAGUGAGAAAGUACCCCAGCUAUUCGUAUGCCAAGAUCCCAUACACUCGUCGCGAUGAAGGGUAUGACCUUCUUGCAUCAGUUACACAAGGGAUGGACCCACUGGCUCCUGCGAUUAUGGAAGUAUUCAAUGACGAUGACAAAAAAACAAUGGCUUGGCCGCUUGGGUAUGCUGCACCUGGAGAGACUUCUCCGCCCCCGCUUAGCAGCAAGGUUCAAGAGAGAAUGAAGGACCCAAUGUGGAGCGAUUGUGAAAUAACGACACUGCCGGGCACAGUAGUAGCAGUCGGGAGCUUUUCUGACGCUAGUGUCGCUCCCAUUGUUAGAAAAGCGGACAAGAAUCUUCGUGCCGCCCUCCAAAACGAUGGCAUUUCGAUACCGAAGGGAAGUGAAACAUCUGUCAAGUUUGCGCAGUAUGAUGCAAUCUUCACUCUCGGAAAGCGACGAGGUGAAGUUUGGAUCGAAUUGGAAGACGGCGGACACCCAUGGUAA